UAUUCACCAUUUUUAAUCAUGACACUCCAUCAUCUUCUUUUUCUACAUCUUUAAUCAUUUCUUUCUUGCACUUUAUCCUAUACCCAAUACUCAUACUUUAUCCUAUACCCAAUACUCAUUUUAGUUCUUCUUCUUCUUCUUCUUCCGAAGAUCAAUAUAUUUUUUUUAUCUCAUACUCUUCAUGAUGGUCACUACUUAAUAGUUUCUUUUCUUGAACAUUACCUUAUACCCAAUACUCAUUUUAGUUGAUGUUCAUCCUUUCCAUUUUCUAUCUUCUUCUUCUUUCUUUUUCCAGAGAUCAAUAUGUGUAUUUUUUUUAUCUCAUACUCUUCGAAAUGCUUUUGGCUCAAUGAAGCUCUUGUUCUCCUUCUCCAUUUGCAAAUGAAGAUAUGGUUGUCGUUUUGUUAGUUUUAAGUUUAUGUUGUAUUUUUCGUCGGUUGUUUUAAUGUUGCAUGUUGUUAUCUAGAUUAUUUUUGUGUCGUUUACUAUUUUUUUAAUGUUUCUCUUACUUAUUUUUUUAUUUCAACAUAUCAUUGUCGUUUUGAUAUUAUAAAGGUAUAAUUCUUUUCUUAUUUUUAGAUUUUUUGUUGUUGUUGUCAGAUCCAGAUCGCCAGCAGCUAUGCUGUUUUGAUGUUGCUGCUUUCUCAUAUCGAGAUCGGGUUGUAGUUGUGAUUUUUUUUCAUAUCUAAAUCUGUUGUCGUUGUGGUGUUGUUUUUCAGAUCUAGAUCGUCUGUAGUUAGGGUGUUGUUACAUAUCGAAAUGCUUUGUACUUUUGUUGUUGUUUCAGGUCAAGUUUUACUGUUGUUUGAAAUUGAAAUCGUCGUGGGUCACCUGAGAGAUAUCAGGUCUGUGGUUUUGCUGUUGUUUGAGGUUGAGUUUGGAUGUUGUUUUAGGCCAAAAUUAACGUAGGUGCUGCGUGAGAGAGGAUGAGUUGCAGUCUGAGAGAGAGAGAAAUAGCAAAUAGUAUUUUUGUAAUUUUGAAGUUUUGUUGUGUAAAAAUGUAAAAAAAAAAAAAUAGUGCUAAAUUAAAAAUUAUAUUUUUUCAUUAUUUUUUGGUUAUUUUAGAAAAUAUCCCCAAUAACAAACCAGUCUUUCAAAAUUUCUAUCUUGCAAGUUUGUGAGUGAGGGAUCAAUUUGAUAUGCGUCUAUGACGAAGGAUCAGAUAUGGAGCUCACUAGAAAGAAAAUGCUUGUACUUACUCCAACGAAGAAACACCAUUGCCUCAAUCCUCCAAAUCCACGCUUUCAUGCUCCGAAACGCGCUCGAAACCAACGUCAAUCUCCUUACCAAGUUCAUUACCGCCUCCACUUCUCCUUCUCUUGCGGACCCUCAAAGUUCACUCGUCCUGCUCUACCACGCUCGCCUAAUGUUUGAUAAAAGGCCACAGAGAGACGAUAUAUUUCUUUGUAACUGCAUGAUCGAAGCCCACACCAAUUUGCGGCAGUUGGCUGAAUCUUUUUCUCUUUAUGGAGAUCUUAGGAGGAACGCCGGGUUUGUUCCUAAUGGUUAUACGUUUGUGAUAUUAGUGAAGUCUUGUGCUCUGAAUUUGACCAUUUGGGAAGGGCAAGAGAUACAUAGUCUUGUUGCAAAAACAGGGUUCUGCUCAAAUAUGUAUGUGCUAACGGCGUUGGUUGAUAUGUAUGCAAAGUUCGGGAAUAUGCGCUAUGCCAGAAUGUUGUUUGAUGGAAUGAAUGAAAGAAACCAAGUGUCAUGGACAGCUCUUAUUUGUGGAUAUGCGAGGUUAGGAGACAUGAUUAACGCAAGAGAGCUCUUCAAUCAGAUGCCUGAGAAAGACCCAGCUACUUAUAAUGUGAUGAUUGAUGGUUAUGCCAAAUUAGGGGAGGUAGGGUCUGCUCGAAAUUUGUUUAACGAGAUGACAGAUAGGAAUGUGGUGUCUUGGACGAGUAUGAUCUAUGGCUAUUGCCGUGGUGGUUAUCUACAGUCUGCUAGAUCUUUAUUUGAUGCCAUGCAGGAGAAGAACCUUAUUUCAUGGAAUACAAUGAUUAGCGGAUAUUGUCAAAACAGGCAACCCCAUGAAGCCUUGAAGUUAUUCCAUGAAAUGCAGAUGACCACAUCGUUGGAACCAGAUAAUGUAACUAUUGUUAGCAUUCUUCCUGCUAUUGCGGACUUAGGUGCCCUGGAUUUAGGUGGUUGGAUUCAUCAGUUUGUUAGAAGUAAAAGGCUUGAUAAGUUGACGAAAAUCAGCACUGCACUCAUAGAUAUGUAUGCAAAAUGUGGCGAAAUAUCAAGAGCUAAAAUGGUUUUUCAUGCGAUGCCUGAAAAGGAAACUGCUUCUUGGAAUGCUUUGAUAAAUGGAUUUGCAGUCAAUGGCCGUGGUGAGGAAGCAUUGGAGUUAUUUUUGGAGAUGCAACAUAAGAAACUUAAGCCAAAUGACAUAACUUUGCUUGGUGUUUUAUCUGCUUGUAACCACAGUGGUCUAGUAGAGGAAGGGAAAAAAUGGUUUAAAGCAAUGGAAGGAUUCGAGCUUGUCCCGCGGAUUGAACACUAUGGUUGCAUGAUCGAUCUCUUGGGAAAGGCUGGAUGCUUGGAGGAAGCAGAGAAAUUGAUUGGGAGAAUGCCACAUGAAGCUAAUGGGAUAAUCUUGAGCUCUUUUCUUUCUGCAUGUGGGUACUUCAAUGAUGUCUCAAGGGCUAAGAAAGCUUUGAAAAAUGCAGUAAAACUGGAGCCGGGGAAUGAUGGGAACUAUGUAACAGUGAGAAAUUUGUAUGCUAGUGAGAGGAGGUGGGGAGAUGCAGAUGAAAUUGAAAGGUUGAUGGCAGAGAAUGGAGCAAACAAGGAGGUUGGUCUUAGUGUCAUUGAGGUUGAUGGUACAAUCCAAGAGUUUGUGUCUGGAAACAGGUUGCAACCGCAAUGGGACUGUUUACAUUUAACUUUGGGGCAGUUAAGGAGGCACAUGACUUGUUAACUUAAAAUAAGAAGAAGACAGGUACGGUGGUUUGGAAAAUGAUAAUGCCAAAUCAAUUACUAACCAAAGAUUCUUCUCAAUACCAAGGCUAAUGCUUUGUGUUGAUUACCCUUUUUGGUACUAUCUCAUGGGCAUUCUUGCACACAGUGAUUUGGGAAAAUGCUUAUUCAGCAAGUCAUUUAUGUGCUGUUGUUUUCAGUAAUGGUCCAAGGAAUGCUGAAUCUAUUCUGAAAAUCCAAAUUGGACUCCAAUUAGGUUUUCAUAAAUGGGAGAGAUUUCACUAAAAGAU